AUGCAAGAAAGGGAUAAAAAUAAACGUCUAAGUGAACCUUACGUCGUAAUUAAUGAGAAAGAACAAUUAGCUGCUAGCGUUGAAGCGAUGAUCAAUGGCAAAAAUUAUGGAAAUUUUACGGAAGUAGCGCAAAAAACGUCAAAUUAUGCGUUAAAGACAAGUGAUAGCUGCGAAAAUAAAUUAACAAAAAUUAUUAAUACAAAAAUACCGAAAGAUGAUAACAGUGAAAUAAUUAUAUCGCUGAAUGAAAUUGGACAGUUAAUAACAGCUCAAGAAAUUCAAAAUGACGAUAAUUCUCAACGUAAAAAAGUUGAAAAAGGUUUGUAA